CCCAUCUCAUCCAUCCAUAUAUUUUGAUCCCCUCAUCAUCAUCUUUUUUGUAGACCUUCUCUCUCUCUCUAUACAUACAUCCCAUGUUUAUAAUUACUAUUAUCUCUCCAUCUUAUUUAAAUUUGCUUUGAAUUGCCUUCUUUGUUACCCUACUACUGCUCCAUGAUUUCCCUUUUGUUUUUGUCAUUGAGCUAGAUAGCUCUCUCGCUAGCUAUAAUUUGCUGCACUGCAAAAAGCUUCUUGAUUUGGAUAAUAAUCUUUCCUUUUUAUUUUUUUUUCUUUCCAUAUAUUUAGCGAAAGCACCACCACUGCCACCACCACCACCUCCGAUCCGGAAUUCCCGGAAACUAUAUAUUACAUAAACAAUUUUUUUUAAAAACAAAAAAAAAAAACACACAAGAUACCCUUCAAUGGAUAUCUCGUCUUCCUCUUCCUCUUCCACUACCUCGGAACGGGUUUGUUACGUUCACUGCAAUUUCUGCACUACCAUUCUUGCGGUUAGUGUUCCAUGCAGCAGCAUGUUCACCAUUGUGACAGUCAGAUGUGGGCACUGUGCUAAUUUGCUUUCUGUUAAUAUGGGAUCUUUGCUUCAGCCUCUCCCUCUUCAAGAUAUCCAGAAUGAGCAGAAGCAACAGUCCAACAAUGAAGAUGGCAGCGGAUCAUCGUCUUCUUCAAAAUGCAACAAAUUUGCUCCCUUUGACUCUCCUGAACAUGAACAGCAACCCCGACUCGCCCCCAUUCGCCCACCAGAGAAAAGACAACGAGUCCCUUCUGCGUACAACCGAUUCAUCAAGGAGGAGAUCCAAAGGAUAAAAGCUAGCAAUCCAGAUAUUAGCCACCGGGAAGCUUUCAGUACUGCUGCCAAAAAUUGGGCACAUUUUCCACACAUCCAUUUUGGACUAAACCUGGAUAACAACAAGCAAGCCAAGAUAGAUCAUGCUGUUGGAGGGGAAGGGCCUCAGAAAUCACUUGGUCUCUACUAAGAAAUAACAUUUCAAGAUCUACCAGCUUACUUAUAUAUAUCUAUAUAUAUGGAUAAAUAAAAGGCUCAUAUAUAUAUCUAUAUAUAUUUCAUAUAUAUUUCUCUCUCUCUAUAUAUAUAUAUAUGUAUGUGAAGAUUUGAAUUGAGUGUCCAAACUGAAGAGUUUGGAAUUCCCAUAUGUCCAUCUGAUGAGGUAUAUCUUUGUAAUAUCUAUCCCUUUUCGCAGUGUGAUGAUGAUUUUAUCCCUUCCUCAGAGGGCCUUGGAUUCAUUAUUAAUUUGUGAUUUCCAUCUUAUAUAUAUCAUAUGAUUUGAAGCAUCAAAUAUUGUAAGUUGUAACUAGCUACUUAUAUAUAUAUGCUCAAUAAUCUUCAUUUCAAUAACAUGCACUUGUUCUCUCU